AUGCCACAACAUCAUCGCUUGACUGUUUUUAUUGAACAAUUAAAUGAGAAAGCAAAUUCGUGUAAUAAAUUUGCUAUUUGCAAAGCAUGUAAAAUUAAAGUGAAUUAUGAAUAUGCUUAUGAAAACAAAUUUGCUAACACAAAGCUUCUCUGUAAACGUCAUUUAACUAAAU